AUGGAAGGAGGAGGAACUCUUCAAGAAUGGGGUGGUCGCCGAACGGUGAUGGAUGCUUUUCCAGCUAUGGAUUGUUAUGAAGAUAUGUUUAAAGAAAUAACAAGAAAGUUAUACGGAGAAGAUGGUUUACCAGACAUGAACGAAACGGAACACAGCACCAGCCUGAGAACCACAUCGGAUUACGACGGUGAAGGUUCCGAUGGUAGUCACGGAGCACUGGCAGCAUUCGGACUUGCAGCACUUAUGCAAAACGGUUUUCCUCCUCCCCCGGGAAUGUUCGGACAUCACCAUCAUCUUCAACCCGAUUCAAUAAAAUAUCGACCUACCGGUGAAGACAAAUGGGUGUCAAGUGAAGAGGCAUUACAAUGGACUAGUUCAAAAAUAGCCACGUACAAUUCGGCUCAAAAAUUAUUUAGAUGUACCGAAUGCGAAUGCGUUGGAUUUUUAUCGAGAGUUGCCGAACACUGGUUAGGCACGCAUGCAAACUUAAGAGUGUUUCAGUGUCCUCAGUGUCCCUAUGCGAGUGCUUGGGCUCGCUGUGUACGCAUGCAUCUUCAAAGACAGCAUAACGUGGUAGAUACGUCAGAAAAUUCAACCGAGAUGUGGAAAGAAAAUCCCGUUUUAGAAGAAGUUACCAAAUAUUUACAAAGGUUGAAGACAAAAGUUGAAUCGUCUUCUGGUCAAGUUGUUAACAAUUCAACAUCUCAUUCGAAUUUAAAAUCUGAGUUCCUAUCAAACGCUCAAAGUCAAGGAUCUACGCAAAAUUCUUUACCCUCUAGAUCGGGUGCACAGACAGGAAGCAGCGAAAACAAUCCUAACAAAAGAUACUGCUGCACUUUUUGCCCAUAUGCAACCGAUCGGAGAGAUUUAUUUACAAGACACGAAAAUAUUCAUCGUGACGAAAAGCCAUUUCAGUGCUACGUUUGUCAAAAGCAGUUCAACCGCGCCGAUCAUGUUAAAAAACAUUUUUUAAGAAUGCAUAGAGAUCAUCCAUACGAUUUAAAUCGCAUAAGAAAACAACCACCUAAAAAUUCAAACGGAAUGUCUUACUGCCAAAAGUAUAACUCUUCCCAACAGAAUCAACCGCGAGGUCAAGUUCUACCUUCUCAAGGGCAAAUGUCUCAUAGCUUAAACAUACCUGCCGGAUUUCCUCCUCCACCUAAUAUUCGCGGUGUUAAACCUUCAUUGCCGUCUCCACCUAAAUUACAAAACGGAUGCAAUGCAAAAUCUCACGGAAGCAAAUCCGCGAAAAAAAAGGGAGAAAAAAGGUAUUCGUGCUGCUACUGCGCAUGGUCGGGAGUGGAUAACUGGUGCCUAAAAAGACAUUUAAACACUCAUUUGAAACCUUUUGUCUGUGGCUUAUGUGAUUAUAAGGCAGCAAGGUCAGAACGACUAGCCACUCACGUUUUAAAAGUUCAUAAUAAAAGAGCUUGCGGACGAUGUUCCUAUUUGGGAGAGGACUCAGCACAGUUGGCCAUGCAUAUGCAAGAACACCACCCACUGGAACACAGAAACAGAUCUUCAAAUAAUGUCCUUCGCAGUACCAAUUUCACUAACAAUCAUUCAUCGCCGGCUAUGAAUUCUUCUUUCUGCUCUAAUAACGGUGUUUCCAGCAAUACUGCGCAAUCGAAUAGGCGAAAUUUCGAAGAAGGUUCAACUACUCCUGGAUUAUGGAAUCCUCACGGUCACAUUCCUAGUAAUUAUUCCGUGCAAGAAGACAAUUGGAAAUCUUCGAGCAAACACUUCGGAGCGGCAAGACUUUUUCAUUACAUGGAAGCAUCAGACAAUUCCGAACCGGAAAAUGAAAACGAAGAAGAAGAACCUCCUCCGUUUAUAUGCAGAGAAUGCGGUUGUGAAUUCGUCGAUGACACAUCUUUAGAAACGCACGUUUUUAUGCAUCACCGUUCAACCGGACAGAGAACAAUUAAGCAGGAGCCAAUCAGGUCCCUGACCAAUAAGUAUAUAAAAUGUGAGCAAAGAGUGCACUUACGAGUGACAGAUGCCAAUAUCAAUUUAUCAGAUUACAGCUCUCAGAGAGAAGAGAGUCCACUGUCCAAGCGCCCUCGCAAGCAGCAACAGCCGAAAAAGAUUGUACCACCGACGGAAAUUCAAGUGGUUCGCAGGUCGUCAAAACGUCGUCGGAAAAACCAACCCAUUGAUUGCAUGUCCCAACUUCGAGACAAGCACAUUAGCCGGUUGAUCAUGAGAAAAGGACUUCGAUGCUUUUGGUGCAGAUCAUGGAGUGAAGUUUUUCCCUACCACACAUAUUCGAGUUUGAUUCUCCAUAAAAGAUGGCAUCAUCGUAGAGACAAAUUCGGCUGCGAGCAUUGCGGCGUUCGGUACCGUCAUCGGUAUCAAGUUGUUUUACAUUCAAGUAGGGCUCAUUUACCUCGCCUUUCUAGAGAGCAAAUACCUGAUCAGCCACUAAAAACAUCAGAGGACAUAACCGAAACCCCUUUAGAUAAUAAUACAGAAAAAACAAAUCCUAGUUCAGUGCCUAUAUUACUUUCAAGAAACGAUGACCUACUCCCGCCUCCUCCUAGCAACGCAAUACCAGAAGUAUUAGUAAGUGAUAAAACCACAUCCGAAUUGGUACCUUUGACCGAACAAUCGGCCAUUCCAUCAGACGUCGAAGAUAUAAGUAUGAAAAUCCCAAGUUUUCUUUCAUCAUUGCAAGAUCUUCAAUCGAAUCAAUUUUUAUUUCGUUCCCCCGAUAUAUUUAACAAUACAAAAAAUUUACAACAGCCAGAGUCUCAUGCGGAAAAAACGAAUACGUCAUCCGACAGCCAAGAAAUAAAGCCUUAUUUGUUAUUACCAGAAGAAAAACCACAGGAUGACGACGAGUCCAUAUUGAUAAAUGAUAACAACAUACACCAAGAAAAUAAAAUAUUAGACGAUGCAUUAUUAACAAGUAUUAAUUCAGUGCCAUCUACCGUCACAAAUACGAACGAAAUGACGACGCGUAUAGAAUUAAAAGGUAAUAACUCGAUGGAAAAUUCUAAUAUUCAAGACAUACUUGAUACUUCGACUCUGUCGGAAAAUUCUGGACCAAUGCCUUUACCCAUAACCUCAUAUCCGCCUUCUAGAUAA